CCGCAUUUGCUUCAAGUGCAAACAAAAUUAACUUUCGUAUAAAUAUUCCGUGUCUAGCAGAGAUAGGUAUCAGUCUCGUAACAGCACUCAACCAAUAGGUCAGUUAGUCAGCCUGGUGGAGCCAGCCAUUCAAACAGGAGAUCCAACAUGUUUAAGUUCAUUGCUCUGGUUGCCUGUUUGGCAGUUGCCGUGUUGGCGUACGAAGAUUACCACUCACACCCCAAGUACAAGUUCGAGUAUGGUGUGAAGGAUGGUCAUACCGGUGAUAACAAGGAACAGUGGGAACAUCGGGACGGAGAUGCCGUGGAAGGAUCUUACUCCCUGCACGAACCCGAUGGCACCCACCGAGUGGUGAACUACAAAUCGGAUAAACAUGCUGGAUUCCAGGCCCAUGUGCAGCGUGAGGGACACGCUCAGCAUCCCCCGGUGUACGGCGAACACAUCGACGAACAUAGUCACGGUGGCGAAAGCUACGCCAACAUUGAUCAGCAUCACUAGAAGGAACCAAGAUGGUGUGUGAAUCGUUGUUGUUGGUGCUUUCGAGAGGUGUGCGGGCAGUGGAGUGUUGCAAUAUAGGUGACACGCUGCUCAGGUUGAUUGUGCAAUAAAGACUUGUUAUGUUAAAUGAA